AUGGCUACAGUCCCUCAACCUCCACCUCGACAGGCCUCUCCCUUUCAACUCGCAAGACGGCAAGAUGUGUCAAGCUCUGAACCCGCGGUGACCCCCAGCUCUGACACUGCCCCAGCGUCUUCUCCAGCUCCGACAUCCCCAGCCGCCCCUACUUCCGCACCUUCGACCUCGAUUCCCGCUCUCUCGUCUACCCCGCCCACUUCCUCCGCAUCACCUACAUCACCUUCACCUUCAUCUCCUCCCUCAUCCUCUGCGUCACCUUCUUCAGCCCCACCGCCGUCUUCCUCGCCUCCCCCGUCUUCUUCUUCGACCACUCCACCUCCCAGUAGCUCGUCACCGCCUUCUAGCGCUGCCCCGACGUCUAGCCCUCCCCCGAGCAGCAGUCAGACGCUUUCGUCCGUGUCCCCAACAUCAGCUCCUACUAGUACAAGCACCACUAUAGUCACCGUCCCACCUUCGAGCACCAGUUCUACUGCAAGCCCUUCGACACCUUCAACUCCCUCUUCAAGCGGUUCCUUCAGCGAUCCUGGCACCAGCACUACAACCUCAACCGUCUUCGUCACCUCCGGUUCCUCCACUCUUCCCCUGGACAAGACUUUGACUUCCCCUAUUGGUGUAUUGACGACCGACAAUUCAGGCUCUACUUUCACGACCACACCUGCAGAGCUCACCUCGUCAUACAUAAUCACGUCAGAUGGACAGCAAAUCACGGUCACUCAGAUUAUCCACAAUCCUUCUGGCGCACUUGACCAAGGCAGCUCUGGGUCCGGAUCGAGUAAUGCCUUCUUUAACAAUCACGGUGCCGUCGCCGGUGUCUUUGUGGUCGUCGGUCUAGUCGUUGUGGGAAUCAUUAUCGCUCUUGGUUUCUUAUGCUUCCGUCGUCGUAGACGUCAAAGACUCGAUCGCGAGGUCACUGCCGCCGCUGUCGCUGCCAGUCAAUCCCACUCUCAACGAUCCCCGUUGGAUGAGGAUUUCCGCAGUUCAUCCGCAGGCGGAGCUGGCACAUCCGAGUCCUAUCCUUCGGCAGCUAAUCAACCGAUGGCUCAGUACAACAACUAUGGGGCGACAUACGGUCAAGCGGGUGGUUAUGAUCCUUACGCACAGAACGCAGGACAUGUGUAUCCCGCUGAAGGGUAUCCGACUGGACAAGGGUAUGAAAGUCUGCAACCUGGUGGAGGUCAAACUCAGGGAUACUAUUUCGAUCCUUCGCAGGCCCAACAGUAUGCUGCUCCGUACGAGGAGGGAUACCCGACGUAUGCUGGUGGGGAUGGCAGUCUUGACACUCCCCUCGACGAAAGGGAAGAUCCACUCCAUGCAAGUAGCGAAUCCUACCAAUCAUGCGAGAUAAGCGGGCUCAGUCUCAAUACAUCCGACCCUUCCGACAUUUUCUCGCAAUGA